AUGAUGGAGCAUCCCACGUCGCGAUCCCGGGAGAUAUAUGUUGAUGAAGGAAGUCAUGGAGUGUAUAACGCAGUAAUUGCUGGCAACUGGGAUCGUCUUAAGAUAUUCUUCGCUCAGAGUUUCGCAUUCACAUUCAGGAUAACUAAAUCUGGAGAGACAGCACUCCUCGUGGCCAUCAAGGGAGGACAAGAGUAUUUCUUUAUCAAGAAGAUGGUUGAUAUGACGCCGCCGGACUUACUGACUCAGAAGGACAACUCCGGCAACACGGCUCUUCAUGCGGCGGCACAGCUUGGAAAUGUCAAAGUAGCUGAGCUGCUCGUGAACAAAAAUCAUGAAUUGCUGAGUUUUUUCAACGACGAUGGUUUGUUGCCAAUCCAAGUAUCUGCAAAUCAAGGUCACAAAGGGAUGACUUCAAAAUUGCUCAGUAUCUGCAACGAAAAUAAUUGUUCUAUUCUGCUUGAAGGUGCAGCUGGGGGCGGGGUUUUGCAAUCUCUAGUAAAUGCAAAAUUUUAUGAUUUGGCUCUCGAUUUGCUUGAAUCCAACCCCGAGUUGGCAUGCGGAAAUAUUUUUCAUUUAGAGCUGAUCGAAACUUCUGUUUCCCGAAGUGGAAGGAUUUUGGAGAUGAUGGCUGAGGAACCUUCUGUUUUCCGAAGUGGAACAAGCUUCGGCAUUUGGGGGACCUUAAUCUAUUCUCUGUGUCCAGAGACACCUGGAAGACUUUGGAAAACGCUUGAAGUUCUAGUACCACUUAUGAAGCGCAUUCGUCACAUAAAAUUGAUGCAUUGUCAAGCACUUCAGCUAGUCAAAUGCAUAUUCUCACUUAUUAAAGCUUCGCCAUAUGGCACAGCUCUCGCAGCAAUGAAGAGGCCAUUUCUUUUAGGGGCACAAAAUGGAGUAGAAGAGAUUGUCACUGAAAUUCUAUGUUAUUUUCCUGCCUCAAUAAAUUCUACAGAUGAAGAAAAUCAUUCAGGAUUUCAUAUUGCUGUAAUGUACCGUCGUGAAAAGGUUUUUAAGGUUCUUCAACAGAAGAAUAUUGGACGGGAUAAGAUGUUCUUAAUUGAUAAUGAUGAUAAUAAUAUACUGCACUUGGCGGGAUACAGAGCCCGUCAAGACUUACUCGAUCUUAAUCGUGGAGCGAUUCUUCAAAUGCAGUAUGAACUCAGGUGGUUUAAGGAAAUGGAGAGACUUGUAACAUCUAAAGAAAUUAAAUCAAAGAAUUCUGAUAAGAAGACACCACUGGCUAUCUUCAAUGAAGAGCACGCUAACUUGGUUGCAUCUGAAAUACAAUGGAUGACAGGAAUGGCUACUGCAUGCUCAGUUGCAGCAUCACUCAUUGUCACAGUGGCAUUUGCUGCUGCAAUCACCGUACCUGGAGGGAAUGACAGUAACGGCCUCCCCAUUUUCUCUAACCAGACGUCCUUCUUAGUCUUUGCCAUUUCAGAUUGUCUUGCACUUGUCUCAUCUGUUACAAGUGUUCUAUCUUUCUUAUCCAUUUUUACUUCCCGCUAUGGAGUUGAUGAUUUUCUUAAUACAUUGCCCAGCAGAUUGAUAAUCGGCCUAAUUUCCUUGCUCUUCUCUGUAAUAUUUCUAAUGUUUGCCUUUAGUACUACAAUAUUUCUUGUGUUUGCGAAGAAGAAUGCCCUGAUUCUCAUACCAAUAAUCACAUCAGCUUGUUUACCAGUCUUCUUCUUUAUUGAACUGCAGCUUCCUCCCCUCCUCAAUAUGAUCAACUCCACCUACGGUCCAGGCCUUUUCGGGUAA